AUGGGGAGAGGGGCCUUCUUCCUCGCGGAGGCUCUUCCUCGCCAACACGGACGCUGCACCUCCUCGCCACCGUGGACCCCGCCCCUCCUCACCGCUGCGGCCGUCGCCCCUGCCAUGCCCUCCUUCGCGGAUCCAAGCCCGACGGCGUGUUCGGCGGCGGUGGCGAGCUUCUCCUUCUCCGGAUCUGGGUGGGGCCCCCACUGCGCCGCCGUGUUCGUUGCCUCCUCCCCGGCGCUACUUCCGACGCCGGGGCCUCGCACCUGUCGUCGAGGCGCCGGCGACGUCGGGGGAACUUGGAUCUACAACGAGGAAGGGGCUCCCGAGAAGGGGACAACAGAGGCCGCGGAGAAGAGCGCACCGGGGCUGAGCCGCGCCGUCCCCGGCGGCGUCGCGGCCGCGGCACGGCGGGCCGCGGCGGCGAACGAGCAUGGGGCCGCCGUGGCGGUCAGGGACGUGCUGGGCGGCGCCGCGCCCGGGACGCCGGGCGACAGGGCGGCCACGUGGGUGGACGCCGAGAAGGUCGCGGCCGCCACGGGGAGGGGAGGCGGCGGGAUGGGCGAGGUGGCCGACGCGCUGGCAGCGGCCGCGCAGAUCAACGAGGGGUCCACGCUGCCUGUAGCUGACUAG